CAAAUUUACUUCAUCAAUAGAUAACAUAGUAUACCAUGAAAUCUUAAAACACAUCGACAGAAACGGUACUUCUGCUCCACACAUGACCAGAUGACAUUAACUACCCAAUAACUCAGGUACUAAACACAUAAUUAAUGCGAUAAAUAUAAAAACUCCCUGCCCCCUGUUUGUUUAAAUUGUAACUCUUCCUAUAAGGUUACAUAAGAGAUUUCUUUAAAUAGAGUAGUAUACUUAGGAGUUCGAUGUUUUUUCAUAGGGUAAAUUUACCCUCAUAACCUAUUAUAAAGGAAAAUUUAACAUAAUGAAAAAAUGAACUUUAUGAGUAGUAGAACUUUUUAAAACUGAGCAGUAUAUGUACCUAGAAAACACCAUAUUUCCACCUCUCAAUCAUCUUCCAUAACCUAGCACUAUUUGUCCAUUAACUAAAACUCUUAAAAAUUCCAUAAAUUUAUGUUGCCUGAACAAAACUUCACUUACGAAUCUUCACUACCCAAAGAAAUUUGUACAUUAAGCCUAAAUGCUCUUUGCUUUUUGGUUUGAUUUUAUAGUAAUUUUUAGGAAUUCUUCUCAAUCUCCCGGGGAAGGACGCGAGGUGAAAUUAUAAUCGGUUACAUUUUGAUACCAUUAACUCGCGGUGAGAGGGUUUGAUCAAUAUUGCCGUUGGUAUUCUUGCAAUUAUAUAAUGACUGAUGCAUUUCAUUCAAAUUUUAAUUUCAACCAAAAUUUCAGAUAGGUGUUAUUGAUACAUGUUCUUCCUCGGUUCAAUUUUUUAAAAGACUGUAUAGUUGCUACUCCUUAUUUCUCAACAAACUAUUAGUAUUUAGAAUGGUGUUGAAUGUAUUAUUCUCUUUUCAACCUACAAUUUGUUGUUUUAUUUUCGGAAUCACUUCUCAAUUUAGGAUUGUUCUCUUUUCCACCUGCAAUCUGUUACUUUUUGUGUUGAAUGUGUUAUUUUUGUUUUUACUGCAAUUUGUUGUUAUGUAGAGCAUCUGCAUUCCUUAUGAUAUAUGUAGAACAUGUUGAGCAUAUGCAUUCUUCAUAAUCCGUGGAACUGGAGAACUACGUGCGUUAGAAAAUCUAAUGGUUGAGUGGUCAUCGCAAGAAGAUUGAAUUUGAAGACUUGUGAAUUUUUGUUGUGUUGUUCAUGCCGUAGCACAACAUCAAAGGAGAGCUUCAUAUCUCUAUUGGCUAACGCUUAAUACUCCUCCACAAGAUGGUGAUGAGGAUGCUGGUGAUGAUGAUGUAAUCUGUAAACUUUAUCCCAGCAUUUUGCCAAAGUUUGCAAGGCUUAAAGUUUCAUCCCAAUCCAGCCCACUCAAUUAUUAGUGUCUAUGUUAUGGCCUCUUCUUACAUGUUUUAAAUCAGGAUUACAACAGAGUAGGUGGUAGAUCUUCUGUUGAUAUUUUCUUUGGUAGUGGUUGAGGAAUAUGUUUCAUUUCAAAAUAACUUUGUUUUACACUUUUACCCCUAUGUUGAACCAGGUGAGAUAUUUUGUAUCACUCAGGCCAUACUGUCAUCUUUGUUUUCUUAUGCGGGGCUAGAGUAGUUUAGACUCAUGUGCUUAUUUUUUCUAUGCAAUUUGUGAUCUUGUAAUUUAGACACAUAAGCUAAUAAAAAUCUUUUGGACUGUCCUGACUACUUGAAAUGGAUCUUGAUGUAUUUGGUCUUCCUUUGCUUGAACAUCACAACAAUGUCAAGGUGGCGGUCUAUUAUAUUCCAUUUGCAGCAUCAUUUACCUACUGUAUUCCCAAAAUGGUUGAUCGAGCUCAAGCUGUGCAGGAUGCUAAAAACAUGCCUCGAAGUACGUUGGGUUAUAUAGAUGACAAAGCACAGGCUGACUUCAAGUGGGGGGAUGAAAAAUGUUGAAGUAGAGCACUUGCAAAAAGCGAAAAUGUUGGGCUAAACCCUACAAAUACUAAAUCUCAUUCUUGAAUUUGGCCAAUUAGUUCAGCUGGUUAAAAUUCAAAAUUAUCUUAGACUUUUGGAAAUUAUUGUGGCGGGUUAGAUAAGUAUGGACCUAUGGAGUAUCCUCUUAAGCCAAAGUCUUAGAGACUAAGACUUCACGCGCCUUUUGAAAGAUUUGUCAAGUACACUGCUCAGAGUGAUAUAAUGAACUCCAUUCCAUGGA